AUGCUUCGUAAAGAUACCGAUCAGAUCGAGCAGCUUAUCCUUCCCAUGCUUACUUCGCUAAUCGUCGGCGGUCCGCGGUCUUCCACAUGUGCCGAUUUUCUUCCACUGGCUUUCAUCAGCCGAAAACUUCUGCCAGCUAUCAUGUGUCUUCCGCCGUAUCUUCACGAUAACGUACCGCGCCAACUUGAUCUGCUCGCAGGACUUGCAGCGCUCUCGGAUCGCUGUGAUGCUGCUUCCCUCCAGCAGUUGCUGUCCUGUGUCUCCCUGUGUUCUGCUCACCAUCCGGUCAUAAUCCACGCUAAAUCGAGGUUGGUGCAGCGGAUCGUGACUCGGGACCCGGUCAGAAUGAAGGACGCGUCACAAGUUUGUGUGCACCUGCUCAACCCGUUGGUAAUUGGAUUGAGCUGCAAGGAGCUGAGCUCUGCCCAUUUUGACGAUGUCAUGAGUAGCGUACGAAUUCUUCUGGACUUGGUCGAACAGCUACGGUACGAAUCGGAUGAUCGCCUGCAGCAACAGCAACUUGGGCUUGGAAGGCUCGGGAAUCGGCGGGUGUCAAUGAGUAGCACGAAUCUGCCUCGAGUAAUGAUUAGUGCCGCACGUCCGUCUUUCUCUAACGAUUCAAGGAAGAUGUCAUUCCUGUCAGCUGACGGUCGUCUUGAAGAUCGAGGUCGACGAGAGUCGAGAGACAGUCGAGGAUCGCUCGAAAGUGAUAUGAGCAUCCGUAUCGGUAACAGUUCGGAUGUGUCGGACGAUUCUUGUCACAGUGGUGUGUCGCAAACGGCACGAGGACGACGACAGUCGUGGCUCGAGUGCUAUGCGCACUCGAUGUCGCUCGAACAAGGUGCCUCUCUGAAGCGAGGCGGUGGCCGCUGCUCGGAGCGAAGGGCUCGGACCAGAUCACCGAAUCAGAUGGAUCCUGACAUUCGGCAGGCACCUGCACGGCCGAACAGUUUCACGAAUCUUGGCCACAACCUGGUGCUCACCUACCGUACACUUUGGAACAAAGAACAUUGA